UUUACAUGACACGAAUACGAAUUUCCUGGAGCCGAGAGAAGUGCAAUGAUUUCCCGAGUUUAGAAGAUCAACAGUUUUCUAAGAUCAAGUUGUUGCUUGAACUUUGCUGACAGACGAGCCUCUGGAGUUUGAGGGUGAAUCCGUGUAAAUGGCGACAGCAAAAGAUCCCUUUCAGUUCCAGGAAUUUGAAGAAGCUGGUAAUCUGUUAGAAGCCAACAGAGAUGCAACCACCAUCAGCAUUGAAGACGAUGACGUCCAACCUGAGAAGCAGAAAAGAGCUGCUGGUUUUAAUCCCAGUGGUGAUGAUGAUGAGGACACACUUCCCUAUGACGACCAGUCAGAGCUUCUCUCUGGGCAACAGAAAAGUGCCCCUUUCUGGACAUUUGAGUACUACCAGAAAUUCUUUGACGUCGAGACCCAUCAUGUGAAGGAAAGAAUCCUGGGAUCAGUGCUGCCAUGGCCUGGAAAGAACUUUGUUCAAGUUCACAUUCGAAGAAAUCCUGAUCUUUAUGGACCGUUCUGGAUUUGCACUACCCUUGUGUUUGCCAUUGCCAUCAGUGGAAACAUAUCCAACUUUCUGCAGCACUUAGGCAAACCCAACUACAAGUACACCCCUGAGUUUCGAAAAGUGACCAUUGCUGCAACAGCGAUCUUCACCUAUGCCUGGUUGGUGCCUCUUGCCCUCUGGGGUUUCCUGCUAUGGAGAAACAACAAGAUCAUGAACUUGGUGUCAUACUCCUUCAUGGAGAUCAUCUGUGUGUACGGAUAUUCACUUUCAAUAUACAUACCUGCAGUGGUCUUAUGGAUUCUCCCAUUUGAAUGGCUGAGGUGGUGCACCAUCGUGGUGGCCCUCUGCCUCUCUGGCUCAGUGCUGGUGAUGACGCUCUGGCCUGCUGUCAGGGAGGACCACCCCAAAGUGAUCGUGGCCGUCUUGUCGGCCGUUGUGUUGUUCAACGUCCUGCUUGCUGUUGGUUGUAAGGCUUAUUUCUUCAGCCGACCAGAAGCAGCGCUACCCAUAGAUAUUCCUGCUGGAACAACGGUGAUCAAGACACCAUCUUUGACAUGAAGGCCUUCCAUCGCGUGAAGGUUCUCCUGUUGCCUUACUAGUGAGAAUCGGGUUGCUGAGGUGAUGAAGUCAUUGGUCGUCUGGAUUUCACCUGCACUGGAACAUUCUGGCUCAAGACCUUAAAACCCUGUGUGUGUCCUCAGUUCAACUGUGUGACCUUUGAAAAUUAACACUGCUACAAGUAUGUUAUUCCUCAUCGGAUGGGUUCUAAUUGUCUUGAAAGAUAAAUGGGCUAUAAUGUUACACAACACGGGAUCUCUUUUAGUAUGUAGUUGAAAUAUUUAGGUAUUUGCAGUUAUAUAACUGCACUAUUCGACAAUGAGAUUAAGUCAGUGUGUAUGUGUACAGAACUUUCUCUAUGAACAACUUUAUAACUUCCAAGGGUCGGACUUAUUAUGUACCAAGUUAUUGUAUUUCCUCUAACUGACAUAACCAUAAGUGCCCUAAACUAAGGCCAAAUACCAAUCCUAAAAUUCCAAGUAAUUUACAACACAUGUAACUAUUUUUGUAAUUAAGUUUUUUUUUUUCUUCACUGAUUGUGAUGAAAUUGAAUGUGUAUUUCAAGGGUAAUAAAAUCUAACAUGAUCUUUUUGGGAUACAAUUUUCCUGAAUUAAUUUGUCAGUGUUAUGCAAUAAUUAAUUCCCAGUUCACUUGGAGGUGAGUUUCCAUCAUUCAUUGAACUAUAUGAACCGAUUAUUAACAAAUAUAUUUGUUAUAUGCUUUUUAGGAAAAUAUAAACUACUUUCAUGUAAUUGUAAAUAAGAAUUUUGUUGUCUACCAAAGUGUAAGAUUGUCUUUUGCUCACCAAUUAACUAGUUUAGCAUAAGGACUGAAAACAGGGAAUAAGAGAUAGUCUAUUAAUCUGUACAUUUGACAAAUUAUCCAAUGCUUUUUGCACACAGUCAAAGAUGUUCACUAUCACUUUAGUGUUUUUAGUUUAGUUCCCUAGUAACACAUUUACCCUCUGUAAUAACAAUGAGUUUACAUCCUUGUAAAAAUGUGUAAGGAUUGUGGAUAUUAAUGCCUAAAAUAUUAGAGAAGACUUUGUUUGCUAUUUUCUUCCAGUGAACCUAAAGCCACGUUUGAUGUCGAACAACCUCCCGUGUCGGCAACAUGACUCUUCUCUGCCCGGCUCCUGACAGCAUUAAAGGCUGCCAGGACCUUUCAACAGUUGGACAUUUUAAA